AUGUUUGCAGGUCUCCAGAACCCGCGGAAUUUCGCCGCCCAGCUCAUGAACUUUGGGCUGGUGCUGUCCACAGCAUUCAUGAUGUGGAAGGGCCUCUCCAUCGUCUCUGAUUCUCCCUCUCCCAUCGUCGUCGUUCUUAGUGGUAGCAUGGAGCCGGCAUUCCAACGAGGCGAUCUGCUCUUGCUCUGGAACCGCGAACUGAUUAGCGAAACUUCGGUCGGCGAAAUUGUUGUCUACAACGUAAAGGAUAAGGAUAUUCCCAUUGUUCAUCGAGUCGUGCGGAAAUUCGGUCAUGGCGACAAGGCAAAGUUUCUUACAAAGGGAGACAACAACGUGGCAGACGACACUGAGCUUUUUGCCAAGGGCCAAGACUACCUGGAGCGCACCGACAUCAUCGGCAGCGUGAUUGCGUAUGUACCUUUUGUCGGCUAUGUCACCAUCCUGCUGUCGGAAUAUCCAUGGUUGAAAACGGUAAUGCUGGGCAUAAUGGGCCUCAUGGUGGUGUUACAACGGGAAUAA